AGAGGCAGCUUUGACCAACGCCCUAAUCAGCUACAUGCAGUUUGUGCCAUCGACAGCCAUCAGUAUUUGGGGGGGGUUCCAGAAUGAUGGCGUUGCCGCCCCGUCGCAACUUCGCAACGUUCCCACGAGAUGGCUUUCCUCUUUCGCCCGGCGCAUUGACCAUAGGGAAAUUAACCGAGUGAAAUCCCCUUGGACCAACACCAUGGCCAAACACAGCCUUUCUGCUGUAAAAUGAUGAGCAAGCAGCCUCACUGGGAUCCAAGCGAGACCUACAUAUACGCAUCGCCGCACGUUACAUCCCGCGAUACCGAAUCUGCGGAGGAGCCCCGGAAUUCCACACAGGCAACGAAGCACCUGAAUUUCCGAAACUCGGGGGAGACUUUAUCCUGAAGAUAACGUAAAUAGCCGGCUGCCACUGUGGCGCGGGAGAGGGCGUACCUGGCUUGUAGAAAUGGGUUCUUAGACGCCGCCGAACAAUUCUACAUCCUUCCUUGCCGCUAGGCUGUCGAAAUCCACCCCAGACCCCAGGAAUCCCACAUCUAUCUAUCUUGGCAUCAGGGAACCAACAGGCGUUUCCCAUUUAAUCAAUAGCAUGGGCUGGCUUUGAAUCUUUGCAGUCUUGGCUCUUCUCCAAACAACUACCAUCUCGUCGCCAACAAACGCAAAAAAACAACUAUGGACAAGGCUUUUAUGGAACAGCUUUGGAGCCAGCGGUCCUACGGCACGCCGCUGGCCAUCACGUUCAUGGUCAUCCCAACAGUGUCCAUCGCCCUCCGCUUCUACGCCAAGUUCACGGCCCGACGACCAAUCGAAGCAAGCGAUUUCCUCUCCGUCACGGCGUGGAUAUUCACGGUAGCCUUUUUAGCAUGCAUGCUAGUCGCCGUGUACUUACCGGCCUCGUAUGCGGACAGCCCCAACGGCAUUGACACGCCCGUGUCCAAGAUUACCUUUACUCUCAAUCUACUCUGGUUGGGCGGCUGCUACUUUUGCAAAUUAUCCAUUCUAUGCGUCUACUACUCUCUGCUCGCUACGCCGUCGAGUCGAUUUCGCUGGGCCGUGCGAAUCACAUUUGCUUUGACCGCUGCCGUGGGCUUGGCCAGCGCGCUGGGAUUCUUGUUGGUCUUCAGGGACUUGAGCUGGUGGUGGACGCCGGAGCUGAGGCAGAAUCCGUCGCUCUUGGUCGAGGAAGUACGAAUGAACUUGGCUGUUGACAUUAUGUCGCUGCUUACCGAUUUCAUCAUCAUCGUCUUACCGCUGCCGGUCCUGCUGAAGCUCAAUCUGAGUCGGCACAAGAAGCGGGUGCUGGUUGUCCUAUUUUCGCUUGGUUUCUUGACCUGCAUUGAAGUUAUUAUUCGAAUCAUCACUACAUAUGCCUUCAACGGCGCUUUAGACGCUAUUCAGAUCCAAUGUCUGCUAAUGGCUCUCGAACCGGUCAUGGGAGUUACCAUCUGCUCGUUACCCGUCUUCUUACGCCUUUUCCGAAAGUCAAGCCAACCGAACUCGAGCUACUAUAAGUCUACUUCGGCUGGACCGGGUAGCUUUUAUCCGAUAGACGAUUCAGCAACAAAGCGUUUAAGGCAGGAUCAUGACGAGAUCCUCCUGCAGUCCAUCGACAUGGACCCGAUCCAGCAACCGCGAGCUGUAAGAAUAAAGAAGGAAAUCAUAAUUCAAUCAUCAGUCAUCGAACACCAUGGUUCGCAAGAUUCGUUUAAGGAAUUUUAUGUUACGAAUACCGUCGCUCGCGCUGACUAGGCCAACCAAGAAGUAGCAGAGCAAUUAGAUUAGCUGUUGCUGGAGCUUAGCCGGUAGGAGGUGGAUGAGUGAAGUAAAUAUUCUUUUUUGGGGGGGAAAUACUCGAGAAUUGUAAUUACAAAGUUAAGAACUACUAUCGGCAUCGGUUUAAAGAGUGACAAUACCGCUGUAAACGGUGUUGCUUGAUAUUCAUUUUUAUUAAACAAACAAAUGUUAUUCUUCAAAGUGACUAUUUGCUUUUUUGCUUUCUUGUAGCUCUGGUGAAUCUGGCUCUGUAAUCUUGCGCUUUCUUGAGCUACUUGGUAGUGCAUCUGUUGUAUCCUCGGAUGCAUCGCUCAUGAAUAUGUCCAUAUGGCUGUCCAUCGAUGGAGAAGCGAUCAUGAAGUCAUCCUGUUCCAUUAUUCUAUACAACCUCUCGCUAUUGGAGAAGACAUAUGUAUGCCCGGAAAGGCACCAG